UUUACUGUUUAAUCUUCUGUUUCAGUGUCUUUGGCAUGGCUGUAAAAAAUGUUUUCCGUGUGAAAGAAGCGGAACGAAAACAUCAUUAACGAAACAAUCGAUGGAAGAACUGUAUGUGGUGACCAAAAAAAGGGAGAAGACCAUACGAGAACUUGGCUAUAGAUAUCGCAGGAUAUGGGAGCACGAUUUCGCUAGUCAAUUGAAAUCAAACGAGGGACUGAAACUAUUUGCGGGUAAUCUGGAUAUCGAAGAACGUCUUGAUCCUCGUCUUGCCUUUUUUGGCGGGCGAACAGACACGACAAAACUGUACCACAAAGUUGAAAAUGAAGACAAAAUUAAAUACGUAGAUUUCACAUCUUUAUACCCAUGGACAAACAAAUACUGUCGCUAUCCAUUGCAUCACCCAGAGAUCAUUACUAAAGAUUUUGAAGAGUUGGGUUCAUAUUUUGGAUUAUGCAAGGUGAAAAUUUUACCACCCAGACACCUUUAUCACGCCGUUUUACCUUACCGAUGUCACGGAAAGCUCACUUUCCCACUAUGUAGAACAUGUGCUGAUACACAAUAUCAAGGUAAAUGCACGCAUACUGAACAGGAACGAAGUAUUACAGGUACUUAUGCUACACCUGAAGUAAUGGUAGCGAAAGAAAAAGGGUACCGAGUGUUAAAACUGUACGAAGUGUGGCAUUUUCCGGAUGAUACACAGUACGAUAAAAACACUAAUUCCGGAGGAUUGUUCACAGACUACGUCCAGCUGUUCCUUAAAAUAAAACAGGAAGCCAGUGGUUUCCCCCCACACUGUCAGACAGAGGAAGACAAACGAGAAUACAUUCGAUUGUAUAAAGAAAAAGAAGGCAUAGACUUAGAUUACGACAGCAUCAAGGUAAAUCCAGGUUUACGUAGUCUUGCCAAACUGUGUCUCAACAGUUUCUGA